CUUCAGCCUUGAAAUAAUACAGGUACCUUGACGUGAGGUAAGGUAACUAGCUCUCAUUUAACCAUCCAAAGUGGGCUAUUUAAGAAGUAUCCAAGAGAGGCAUAUAGGCUAUUUAAGAAGUACCCAAGAGAGGCAUAUAGGCAUAUAGCGACAAGAAAAAUGAGCUCCAAAGCUCUCAUCUUCUUCUUUGCUCUGUUAUCCUUCUCAGCUUUCUCUUUUGCUGAAAAUGAAGAUCAAGAUCCUGGUCUUGUUAUGAACUUCUACAAGAAUUCUUGUCCUCAGGCUGAGGAAAUUAUUAGUGAACAAGUUAAGCUUCUCUAUAAGCGACACAAGAACACUGCAUUUUCUUGGCUCAGAAACAUCUUCCAUGACUGUGCUGUCCAGUCAUGUGAUGCUUCAUUGUUGCUGGACUCAACAAGAAGGAGCCUCUCUGAGAAGGAGAUGGACAGGAGCUUUGGAAUGAGGAAUUUCAGGUACAUUGAGGACAUCAAGGAAGCUGUUGAGAGGGAGUGCCCUGGAGUUGUUUCCUGUGCUGAUAUUCUUGUCUUGUCUGCAAGAGAUGCUAUUGUUUCGCUAGGAGGGCCUUUCAUUCCUCUCAAAACAGGAAGAAGAGAUGGUAGAAAGAGCAGAGCAGAAAUCCUUGAAGAAUACCUCCCAGACCACAACGAGAGCAUGACUGUUGUCCUUGACAGAUUUGCAGCCAUGGGCGUUGACACCCCUGGAGUUGUUGCUCUUUUAGGAGCUCACAGUGUCGGCAGAACACACUGUGUGAAGCUGGUGCACCGUUUGUACCCAGAGGUUGCACCUGAGCUGAACCCUGACCAUGUUCCACACAUGCUCCACAAGUGCCCUGACCCAAUCCCAGACCCCAAGGCUGUGCAGUAUGUGAGAAAUGACCGUGGCACACCUAUGAUUCUAGACAACAACUACUACAGGAAUAUUUUGGACAACAAGGGCUUGCUUAUCGUGGAUCACCAACUGGCCACAGACAAGAGGACUAAACCUCACGUGAAGAAAAUGGCCAAGAGCCAAGCCUACUUCUUUAAGGAAUUUUCAAGAGCCAUUACUCUUCUUUCUGAGAACAACCCUCUCACUGGCACCAAGGGUGAGAUCAGAAAGCAGUGCAAUGUUGCUAACAAGCUCCACUAGAAGCUUUACGUACAAGUUGUUCUACUUCUAGAUUACUAGCUAUCAAAUUCUCUUAUCUCUUGAUUGAGAAGAGUGUGAAGUGGCUAGCAAAAUAAGAUGGCUGUUUUUUAGAUCUUUAGUAAGUGUUUUUUUUUUUUUCGCUGUGUUUCUUGUGAAAGCUUGAUGAUGUUAGUAAUGGGUAAUGAUGGGAUGUCGGAUGCAUGUAUAAUAUGUAGGGAUGGAUUGUGGGGAUGGUGUAUGUAUGGUUAUGGCGCAUUGACCACAACGAUGCUUUAUCAUGGGUGAUUCAUGCUUAUAAGCCUUUUGUAUAA